AUGGCUGAAGAAUUCCGCGCUGGACCUCUACACGACGAUUCCUACGAAGCUUUGGAAGUGACGGAGCCGAUGCAAACGGAUAGUGAUAGUUGCGGCGUUGCAGGCGGUAAUUAUACUGACUUUUCAUCAAAAUUUGACCAAUAA